AUGCGUCUUAGCGACUAUGGUAAACAGUUUGAAGAUUGGAUGGUAAAAGUCUUUUACAACUAUGGACUUUUCAUCGCAAAACAUCAACGUUGGUUUUUAAUAACCCCUCUUGUCUUAACACUUAUAUCUAUUGGUGGACUAUUUUACUUGCAAAUUAAUCUCGAUCUCUACCGACUUUUCGUUCCAACUGAUGCACCAGUCCGAUUAGAGUUUGAAAGAACGAAGGAUUUCAAUCGUUUACCACUUGGUGACCUCAAUUUGAUCCCAAAAAGGAACAGACGUGAUGAUUGCACAGAUGCCUCGUGUUACUUUCCAGAUGUAGAAAUGGACAGAUUACGGAGGGAUCUUGAGGCAAUGGAAGAUGAAGCACAUUUCAAUGUUCCAUUUGGAAAUGUCUCUAACUUGGCUAGAUCCAGAAGAGAUGUUAACAAAAAUAAGGAAAAGAAGGAUAGUGAGAAAAAACUCGUACCCGCCAAAAAUGACAUUCUUCGUUUCUACGUUGUUCACAAGAAUUUUGACAAUUUGCUUCAAUCAAAAUACCUUGGGGCACUCUUCCAAUACACACAAGAAAUGAUGAAAGUGACCAAUGAAUUCAAUGAAGAGGUAUGGGGACUUGAAGAUUUCUGUACAAAAGACCCAGGAGCUUCCACUUGCAACAACAACUUGAAUUUAUGGAUCAAGCACGCUGAUGUUCUUUUCAAAGACGGAAAAAUCAAGGCCAACCCAAAUCUCCAACUCUCUUAUCCAGUUUUGUAUCUUUUCAACCGCCCAAAAGAUAUCGGAAAUGUCAUUUACGGAGUAGAUGUCAAAGGAGAAAAAAACGAGAUUCAAGGAGCUAGAGUUUUGACAAUUCAUUGGUUUGUUAACUAUCCAGCCACUGCAGAAAACAAUGCAGCUUACUACUCAUUCCGUCAGAAACUGAACGAGUAUUGGGAGAAUAUCGCUGAGAACAGUGAUCUCCAGUUCAUUCCUCACAAUGACAAAGCUAUGGAUGACGAAAUGCUUGAAAUCAUCAAGACCACUGUACCAUUCGCGGUUCCUGCUACUAUCCUACUUACUAUUUUCGUACUUUUGGCGAACUACAGUUCUGAUAAAGCAAAAUCUAAACCAAUUGAAAUGUGUCUUGGAGUCUGGUGUGUCAUUUUCGCCCUCAUUAUCACAUUCGGUGUGUUCUUUUUCUUUGGAGCCAAAUUCAACCCUGUCACUUCUACCAUGCCGUUCUUGGUCCUCGCCGUUGGUGUCGACGAUGAUUUCUUGAUGGUCGCUGCUUGGAGAGAGUGCGACAGAAAGUUGUCACCUGCUACAAGGUUAGCUCUAGUGAUGGGAGAUGCUGGCGCUUCCAUUACAGUAACUUCAUUCACCAACUUCUUCUGCUUCUUCCUCGGAUGGAUGAUGUGCUCCACACCAGCUGUUGCUGAUUUCUGUCUCAUCACUGCCGUCGGAGUUUUCUUUGACUACUUGAUGCAGAUUACUUUCUUCGCUGCUUUACUCAAGUACUCUGGAGACAAGGAAGAAACCGGAGGAUUGGCUACCUGUUGUUACAAGAAAAACGAUGGAGAUGAUGAUGAUGUUGAAGUUCAACGUGGAACACCAUCAGAAGCCGCAAAGGAAAAGGAGGAGCAUAUCAACUACCAACAUCACGAGAAAACUGAAGACCUUCCAUACAUGCACAAGUUCUUCCGUGACACAUUUGCACCAAUCGUAAUGAAGAAGUGGGUUCGUAUUGGUUCUCUUGCAUUGUUCCCAAUCUACACCGCUCUUGCUCUCUACGGAUGUUCUAUUCUCCGUGUAGAUAUCUCUCCUGUCAAGUACAUUCGUGACAACUCACCAAUUCAGACUUUUGUUGCUUUGGCUGAUAAGUACAUCUGGGCUGACAAUGUAAUGCCAACUUUUCAUAUCAUGACACCACCAGAUCUUCGUGAUGAAGGGGCUCGUGCGAAAUUGAACGAACUUGUAUUCCGACUAGAACAUACUAAUUACUCUAUUGGAAGAGUCUCUACCAACCUUUGGGUUUGGCAGUAUCAACAAUAUUUGAACGAUUUCCCAAAUAUCAACUACACUACUGAUUUCUAUGAUAGAAAGAACAUGAGAGACUUCUUCUCCCAACUCGAUUAUUCUCAGUAUAGAGAUAAGGUAAAGAUUCUGGACAAUGUUACAAAUGGAGAGCCAUGUAUAUCUGCAUUCUCCUUCCAAACUUCAUUCUACGGACUUGACAGUUGGGACAAAAGACAAUCGGAACUGUUCCUGUGGCGUGAUAUUCUCAAGGAGUACCCGGAAUUCGAUAUGUUCCUCUCUGGAAUUUUCAGUCCAUUCCUUAUUGACCAGCGUCACACAAUCGCUCCAUCUUCUAUGCAAACCAUUGGAUCCGCUCUUGCAAUGAUGGCUUUGAUUUCAUUUUUCUUCCUUCCAGAUGCGCAAUCUGUGUUCUUGAUGACCUGGUCUCUCCUUUCCAUUUCUAUGGGUGUUUGCGGAGGUCUUGCACUUCUUGGAUCUGAUUUGGAUUCUGUCAGUAUGGGAUGUAUUGUCAUGGCUAUCGGAUUGGCUGUCGAUUACUCCGUGCAUAUUUGUUAUAGAUACCAUAGAUCAGAGUAUAACACAGCACAAGAGAAAGUGUCCGAUACACUUGCCUCCGUGGGGUGGCCAAUUACACAAGCCGUGUGUUCCACACUCGUUGGACUCGCUGUAACUAUUUUCGUCCCAGCUUAUUUGGUUCGAGUAUUCUUCCAAACUGUCUAUCUUGUAAAUCUUAUUGGUAUUUUCCACGCUCUUGUCUGGCUUCCACAGUUGAUCUCCGCUCUGGAUCCUUGUGAGCGAGUUCCACUCAGAGCCCGUCACGAGAUCUCGAAACAGAUUCCACUUCAACUUCAUUAA